CCGGAGGACAAAUCCCCCCGUGAGACCCUGGUGGGAGAGGCCGUUUUGAAGGGCUCCCCGGCGCAGGAAGGCAGCGGGGAGGAAAAGGGCCGGAGAUCCCCCCGCAGGAGGGGCUCCAAAGCCAUCCCAGGGUGCUCUGAGGAGGAAAGACCCAGCCUGUGCCGGGAAGGUGGCCGGGGCUUGAGGCGGAGCUCCGACUUGGUGGUCCCUGAGCAGCCUCCCAGCACGGAGAAGCUUUUCAGGUGCUUGGAAUGUGGGAAGAGCUUCAGGAAGAGCUCCAUUCUCAUCCGACACCAGCACAUCCACACUGGAGAACGGCCCUACACGUGUGGGGAAUGUGGGAAGAGCUUCAACCAGAGCUCCCACCUCAUCAAACACCACCGCAUUCACACUGGGGAACGGCCUUACAUGUGUAAUGAUUGUGGGAAGAGCUUCAGUGUCAACUCCAACCUGAUCCAACACCAGUGCAUCCACAGCGGGGAACGGCCCUACAAGUGUUGGGAAUGUGGGAAGACCUUCAACAACAGCUCCAGCCUCCGCACCCACCAGCUCAUCCACACCGGGGAACGGCCCUACAAGUGCUUGGAAUGUGAGAAAAGGUUUCCGACCAGCUCAGAUCUCCUCGUGCACCAGCGGACGCACACGGAUGAGAGGCCCUUCCGCUGCACCGACUGCGGGAAGGGCUUCAAGCACAACUCCACCCUCAUCAUCCACCAGCGCAUCCACACUGGAGAGAGGCCGUACAAGUGUGGGGAGUGUGGGAAGAGCUUCACCCACAGCUCUGCCUUGACCAGACACCAACGGACCCACCGGUAAGGGAAGCCCUUCCAGUGCCCCGACUGCAGGAAGAGCUUCAGACGCUGCUUCCACCCCGAAUGAAGCCCCUGAUGGUGAGGCAACCCCUGGAGUCCAGUGACAGUCAGUCCAUCCCUUUCGACCACAAAGGACCAGUCCCCUUUCAAGGGGGCAGGUUCUUCCAACAGAACCCUUCUUGGGGGUGUGUGGAGAUUCCUGCCUUAGCUGGGGACCCCCCAAGGUCAC